AUGUCGCAGCAGGAUAAUGAAGGCACGUCGUGCGACUUUUGGUGGUCGCAUCGGCGGCUGUCGGAGGAGGCCGCCGCCGUGACGGGGCCAGCCACGGCGGCCGUCGACGGCGUGAAGGCAAAGGCCCGGGAGAUGCUGGAGGCAACAGCGACAAGUAGCGGCGGUCCGGCGAAGCGGGGCGGUGGCGCCGGGGUGGAUCCGGCGCGAAUGGCGCGGUGGCAGGCGGAGCUGAUUGCCCUACGAGAUCAGCUGCUGGAGGCGUUGCUCGCCGCGCAGCAGGAGCGGCGCGUGGGGUGCAACGGCGGCGGUGCCGCUGCCGAGGUUGACCCGGAGACACCGCCGCCCCGCCAAACCGCCCACGAGAUGCUGCUCCACGCCGUCGUUGGUGAGUGGGCGACGCGGUGGGCCUCCCGCACGGACGCGGAUGGUGGCGCGGCCUCCGCGUCGCUGCUAGACGCUUUUCUCGACGGUGUCCUUUUUGUGCAUGCGCCAGAGUGGGACGCGGCGGCGGAGGCAGCGACGGGCGGCACUAUGAGGGACGUGGUGUGGGCGUUUCUGACGGAUGUCUGGGGCAUGACGCCCGUUGAGCAGGAGACGUGGCUGCCGCGCCUCGUGCGGCACGCGUGGGAAGCCUUCCUCGUCGAGAUGCAGGCACUGGAGGCGGAGGUGCGGCGGGUGUGUGCGGCGGCGGCGGCGGCGGCGGAAUUCGCCACGGCGGAGGAGCAACACGGCGCGGCCCGCGCACUCGUCGGCCGCGCGGUACGAGUGCUGUGGAUGCUGGCUGCCCCGCUUUCCGCCGCAGAGGCCGCGGCAGCGCGGGGUCUCCCACGCCCGCAUGUCGUGGUCACAACCCCCGCCAAGGCGAGAAGCGUAGUGCAGAUGAUCGGUGGCUGGCUGCCCGUGUGCUGCGGCUUCCUCUACUCGCUCGCGCCGCAGAAGAAUGAGGAGAAGGAGAGGAGUGAGAAACGGGAGGAGGACGCGGCGGGGAAACGUGCAGAAAACGGCAGCGAAGAGGCCGGAGACCCCGCCACAACCCCGGAGGCGUUUGAGUGGAUUCGACGACUCCGGCAGCAGGUGGAACGUGUCCUUGCCCUCUUGUCGCAGUUGGAUGAGACGUCGCCGUGGAUGCUGAUGCUUGCAGACACAGCCGCGCGCGCCUUUUAUGCGCCGCGUAACGACACGCCGCGGCUCACCGGCGACCCGGAGGCGAAGGCGGUCGCCGGCAGCGAGGACGUCGAGGUGCGGCAGCACAAGGCACUCAAGUCCUUCUUGGCCUCCUACGAAAAGAGCGCGGAGGCGGCUGCGGCUGCGGCGGCCGGUGGUAAAUGGUCGCUUGUGGAGGCGUGCAACACGAAGAUGAGUCACGUCUUGUCUUGUGCGCUGGACGAGACCGGCCGCCCCAGCAGCCUCAGCACCCGGGUGCUGCGGGUGUUGCUGGUGCAGCGCCCCAUCGCAACGCUGCGGCACCUGUUAACGUUCCUGUGCCCCAGCAACCACGUGGCGGCGCUCUGCGACUGCGAGUCGGUGAUUACCGACAAGGGGAGCUCCAGCGAGGCGCGCGCCACGGCGUUUGUGGAGGAGGCGUUGAAGGAGAACGCCGUGGCGCGGACGUUUUUCCCCAAGUACUUCUCUGUGUUUUGCGCCAUCGAGCAGGCGUUGGCGAGCCUUUGCGCGGAUCUGACGAGCCACGACGUGGCGGCGGCCUCCGCCGAUGCCGAUGCCGUUGCACGCGUGCUGGAACGCUUCACUGCGGCCGCGCUGGAUGAAGUCUUCACGAGCCUUGCCCAGUUCAAGGGUGCCGCGGCGAGUGAGUGGCUUAUGUUUUUGGCGUUUGUCUGUCACGACGCGCCGCUCUUUGAGGUUCACACGCUGCGUCAUGUACGCUGCGCCGCGCGUCGCUUCUUUGCGCCCGGCAAGCGCAUGAUGACGUACUUGCACGAGCAGAUUGUGCGGCGGGGGCGGCACGGCCUUGCCGCCUUUUUCCUUCCCCCGCUGCGGGCCAUCGGGGUCGACUACAGCACCUGCAGCGACCACGAACACGUGAGCUGCGCCUUGCGCUACCCGCUCUCGGCGGAGGUGGCGUACUUUCAGGAGCUGCCGCGCGGCUACUACUGCCGCCAGCCGCUGCGGCUUGCGCUGAACGCCAAGAACGACGCACUGCACUUUUUUCACGAACUUCUCAUGUCACAGACGGCAGAGGCGUCCUCGCGGCGGUCUUCCGCGGCGAGAGCGGCGCAGGAGGAGGGGGAGGACCACGCGGUGGUGCGGGAGCUCUUUGUCGACAUGAUGGUCCACAUCGGCGCGUUGGUGGCGGCGCGGGUGCGGGGUGACGCCGACCGCCGCGCCGUGGCGGACCCCGCGGCGGCGGACGCGAUGUCGUCCCUCUUUUUUGGUGUCCUGCGGCUGUGCAGCAGCGUGACUUACUGGGACCCCGCCAGGCGGCACGCGAUUCAGCGGGCCAUUGCGCAGCGGCUCUGCGCCCGGCGUCCUGCCCCGCCAACGAGCCCCGCGGGGAGGCCUGAAGCGACGACGCAGGCGCCACUGCCCAUGGCAUUACUCCUUCGUGGGGGGUGCACGCUUGGGGGGGACGGGGCGGCGGAGUCAGAGGCAGAGGCAGAGGCGACGGGGCCGCCGCAUGCCUGGCAUGACUGGUUCUGCAACGCGGAGUUUGAAGACGUUGACUCCCGUGCCGGGGCCGCGGCGAUGGCGCUCCUGCGCGUCUGCAACCGCAACUACAUGAAAUUUAUCCCGACGAGGACGCUGCUUGAGCGACGGGCCACUCUGGAGCAGCACGCCGCGAAACAGAGGGAGUCCGGCUCACAGGCCAAAGCUCAGGCCGGGAUGGAGGCGGCGAUUCUGCAGGACGUGGAUCUGCUGCGUCGGCAGCGGGAUGGGGAGGGGGCGGCGGUGUCGUCGCGGGCAAAGUCGCAGGAUUCGCCAGCCCCGGAGGCGACGGUCGUGGUGGAGGCUGACGGCAGGGCAGAGUCGGGGGAAGCGGGGAAUGGCACGCCGACGGAGGCGCGGGCCGAGCAGCCCGAUGGCAACAAGUGUGAGGAGGAUGCGGUGCAGACGCCAGACGAUGCAGAGCAAAGACGGCGUGAAGCGCGGCCACUCUCCUUUGCGGCGGUGAAGUCGUACGUUGAGGCGCUGGUUGUGUCACUCAUGCAGCGGGCCCGUAUUUCCGUCGUGGAUGGGGUGGCGGCUGGCGUGGCCCUAAAAAAGUGGCUCAUGACGGUAUCGGGGCUGUUUGAGCCGCAGGCUCUUUUGGAGGUUGUGCGUCGUGUGGUGCUGCAGGCAAACACCAAGCUGACGCAUGCCACCAAGCUGGAGUGUGCCUCCCUCUCGGCCUUUUUGGGGACUGUUGCCGGGGAAAUUGUGCUGCCGUACAAGCUGAGCUUCUUUCAUCAGCGCCAGCACACGCGUGCGAGGCAGCAGCAGCGACAAGUGGGAGCCUCGCCUACCGAGGCGGAGGAGAGUGAGAAUAGUGGGGGCGAGUGGCUCCCUCGCGCCCUCCCGGCCUCGGAGAAGGAUGCGGGGAUGCUGCUGCGCAUUCUCAUUGCCGACACCACACGUGCUGUGACGCGGUUUCUGGAGCAGGCCACGCCACUGGGGGACUGGAAGGCGUACACACUCACGCUGCACUUGCGGCGUAUCAUGGGCCUUGUGGGCCGCUAUGGGGAGGCCUUCCGUGCGGCCCUGGCGAAGCGGCUGCAGGAGGUGGGGAAAACGGCUGUCACCGCGGAAGGCACCCACCCCGUGCAGCUGCUCGCCGCAGUGGAGUGUCCGCUGCUGGAGAGGAUGUUACGACCAGCGGCGGAGGUGGACCACCUCUUUACCAGCGCCCUGCCGCCACCGCAGCCGCAACCACAACCACAACCACAACAGCAACCACCGGCGUCGUUUUCAUGCACGUCAGGGAUGCAGAGGAGCGCGGCAGCUGCGGUGGGAGACGCAGGAGCAGGAGCAGGCGGUGGCGGUGGCGGUGGCGGUGGCGGUGGCGGUGGCGGCGGUAGUAGUAGUGGUGGGGACGCCCGCAGGAAGGGAUGGGCGGCGCCCGUGGAGGCGCGCAAGCGAAAGCGGCAUCGCUCCCGUGAACACUCCCACUACCACCGUCGCGGACGCAGCAAGAAUGCUUCGCGCGGUCAGGCAGAAUGA